AUGACUAAUUCAGAAGAUGUAUCAAAAGUAGGAGAUUUUGAUUACACUUGUAACAUUCCAGAGCUUUUAAAAUUAAGACCAGCACUUAAAGCACUAUAUGGAGCUGCCUACAAUCCAAAAAAAGCACUUCGUGUAUCGACUGAUACAAUCGCGAUUGAUGUAGUUCAAGACCACCCUUUUUUCUCAGGCAUUGAUCACUCAAGUCUAGCUAAGCUUGUCAAGGAUAAAAACAUUGACGAACUUGCUAACCUUGGAGGUGUACAAGGUGUUGCUGCUUCUCUCAAAAGUGAUACAACUGAUGGUGUAAGCGGAGAUCAAGAAGAUGUUGCAUGUAGACAUGAGGCUUUUGGAAGCAACAUGUAUCGUAAGCCACCUAGUAAAAGUUUCUUCAUCUUUGUUUGGGAAUCAUUCAAAGAUCCUACUAUCAUUAUACUUUUGCUCUGUGCUGCUCUGUCUCUUGGAUUUGGAAUUAAGGAGCAUGGACUGAAAGAAGGAUGGUAUGAUGGAGGGAGUAUUUAUGUCGCUGUGUUUCUUGUCAUCGCUGUUUCGUCUAUUAGUAAUUUCAGACAAAACAGACAGUUUGAUAAGCUUUCCAAAGUGAGCAAAAAUAUUCCAGUUGAAGCUGUUAGAAAGAGGAGGCGCCAACAGAUAUCGAUUUUUGAAAUUGUUGUUGGAGAUGUCAUUUGCUUGAAAAUUGGAGAUCAAGUCCCUGCUGAUGGGAUUUUGGUAGAAGGUCAUUCUUUACAGGUGGAUGAAUCUAGCAUGACUGGAGAAAGUGAUCACGUAGAGAUUAACCUUACCCGAAAUCCAUUCUUGAUAUCUGGCACGAAGGUUGUCGAUGGCUAUGGCAUGAUGCUUGUGACAUCGGUUGGAAUGAACACGACCUGGGGUGAAAUGAUGAGCCAAAUCAGCAGUGAUUCUAAUGAGCAAACCCCUCUCCAAGAACGACUCAACAAGCUUACUACAUCUAUUGGUAAAGUUGGGUUGCUAGUUGCUUUCUUAGUUCUUGUUGUCCUAUUGGUUAGAUACUUUACUGGGACCACAAAAGAUGAGAAUGGGAACAAAGAAUUCAACGGGAGCAAGACAUCAUCUGAUGAUGUGAUCAAUGCUGUGGUGGGAAUUGUUGCUGCUGCUGUUACCAUUGUUGUUGUCGCGAUUCCUGAAGGCUUGCCUUUAGCUGUUACACUUACUCUGGCUUAUUCCAUGAAGAGAAUGAUGGUUGAUCAGGCAAUGGUUAGGAAGCUCUCCGCAUGUGAGACUAUGGGAUCUGCCACCACCAUCUGUACAGACAAAACAGGCACUCUUACAUUAAAUAAGAUGACCGUGACAAAGUUUUUCUUAGGCAAACAACACGUGAAGGCAGAAAGUCAUACAUCAAUUUCAGCAAAAGUUCAUGAACUAUUCCAUCAAGGGGUUGGAUUAAACACUACUGGUAGUGUUUUCAAGUCCUCCGAUCCAUCUUCCAGCUUUGAGUUCUCAGGCAGCCCUACUGAAAAAGCUAUUCUUUCAUGGGCUGUUAUGGAACUGAACAUGGAGAUGGAUCAAAUCAAAAGAAAUUUCAACAUUCUACAUGUGGAAGCUUUCAAUUCAGAGAAAAAGAAGAGCGGUGUCCUGAUCAAGAACAUCAGUGAUGGCACAAUUCAUGCACAUUGGAAAGGUGCUGCUGAAAUGAUUUCAAGAAUGUGCUCCCAUUACUAUGAUCUAGAAGGGAACGUAAAACCUCUAGAGGAAUCAGAUAAGGAAGAAUGUGACAGGAUAAUUGAAGGAAUGGCUGCCAGCAGCCUGAGAUGUAUCGCAUUCGCACACAAGCAAGUGCCAAAAGCUGAGCAGGAGGAUAAUGAACAUAUGCAUGGAAAUGUUCCAGACAACUCUUUCAUUCUUUUGGGCUUUGUUGGCCUAAAAGAUCCAUGUCGGCCAGGCGUGAAGAAAGCAGUGGAAGCUUGCCAAAAUGCUGGUGUGAACAUCAAGAUGAUCACUGGUGACAAUGUGUUCACUGCAAAAGCCAUA